GACUGAAGCUCCUGCAGAAACCAUGACCUCCAGCCUCAUGUCCCGCUCCUCCUCCCACUCCAUCCGCUCCUCCGUGGGUGGAUCCGGGGGCUCCAUAAUCGGAUCAGGGAGCUCCAUGGUGGGUUUUGGAGACGGCUCGAGGAUCUCCGCCAUGAGAGCCGGCAGCGUGUACGGUGGGGCUGGGGGCUCCGGGGUGCGCAUCUCCUCUUCCUCCAUGGGUGGAGGCUACUCCUCCAUGGGUGGAGGCUACUCCUCCCAGAUGAGCUUCGGUGGGUCCGGGUUGGACGAUGGCCUGGUCGGGAACGAGAAGUUCACAAUGCAGAACCUGAACGACCGUCUGGCCUCCUACCUGGAGAAGGUGCGGCGGCUGGAGAAGGCCAACGCCGAGCUGGAGCUGAAGAUCCGGCAGUUUGUGGAGAACAAGGUGGGGCCCUCCACCCGGGACUACAGCGGCUUCUACAGCACCAUCAGUGAGAUCACUGAUAAGAUUCAGAAUGCCAUCAAGGUGAACGGAGCCGUCCACCUGAACAUCGACAACGCUCGGCUGGCUGCUGACGACUUCAAGACCAAGUAUGAGAACGAGUUGGCAAUGCGUCAGUCUGUGGAGGGCGACAUCGCGGGUCUCCGGAGGGUUCUGGACGAGCUGACUUUGGCCAGGACGGACCUGGAGAUGCAGAUCGAAAGUCUGAGGGAGGAGCUGAUCUACCUCAAGAAGAACCACGAGGAGGAGCUGCUGGCCAUGCGCGCUCAGAUGAGCGGUCAGGUCCAUGUGGAGGUGGACGCCGCGCCCGCUCAAGACCUCAACAAGGUCAUGGAGGAGAUCAGAGAACACUACGAAGGUGUCGCCGCCAAGAACCGCAAAGAGCUGGAGAACUGGUUCCAGGCCAAGACAGAGACCCUGAACAAAGAGGUGGUGUCUCAGACGGCGACGCUGCAGACGUCCAAGAGCGAAGUGACAGAAGUGAAACGGACGCUGCAGUCCCUGGAGAUCGAGCUGCAGUCCAUGCUGGGGAUGAAAGCGUCUCUGGAAGCUACCCUGGCUGAGAUUAAGAACAGAUACGCCAUGAAAUUGAACGGCUAUCAGAUGCAGGUUACGAGUCUGGAGGACCAGCUGGUGCACCUGAGGGCUGACAUGGAGCGACAGGGAAGUGAUUAUCAGACCCUGCUGGACCUGAAGACCCGACUGGAGAUGGAGAUCGCGGAGUACCGGCGCCUGCUGGACGGAGAGGCCAUCGGCUCCUUGUCCUCCUCCACCUCGACCAAGCGGGUGGUGACAAUGGUGCAGGAGGUGGUGGAUGGGAAGGUGGUCUCCUCCUCGUCUUCCACGACCUCCUCGUCUGUGACACACUGAAGCAGUCUCUCAGCAGCUCCUCUUUGUUCACUGACCUCAGAUCAGAUUCAACAAUAAAACCAGUUCAGAUCAGC